AUAUCGGAAUUCAAAUAUUUACUCUUCGGUCACACUGCACCCACCCCCACACACAGCAACAACAAUAAAUGCAAAUUGCCAAAACAAAACAACGCGAAAAACAGAGACGGAAAUUUAUAUAAAACACGAAUCUGCUGAUAAACGUAACGCCACAAACAGUUGGAAUGUUUUGCUGCCUUCGCACCUGCCUCAAUGGCGGACAAUUGAGGAAACCAAUGACAGCUGCCAGUCGCCUGCGGGAGCCCGACGUUCACCUGGAUGCGGCGCAUAUGGGUUCCGAUGUCAUUCUGCUGUCUCAUCAGCUGAGGGUGACGGGCACUGGCGGCGUCCUGGCCACGGCACCGCUCGUCCAGUCCAAGUCCUACUUUGAGGUGAAAAUCCAGCAGAGUGGCAGCUGGUCGAUUGGCCUGGCCACACGCCAAACGGACUUGAGCCGGAAAAACGGUGGCGGUGAUCGCGAGUCCUGGUGCCUGUGCUCCGACAAUGCCACACGGCACAACGAGGAGGAAUUCCGGCCCGUGGUGGUGGCCGCCUGCACGACGCAGCCACCAACAACGAAACUCAGUGCCAAUGGCAUACUGAACAACAGCGCUGCAGCGGCAGCUGGUCUCAUUUCCAUUGAGGAUCUGCAACAGGAGGAUCUGCUAAUGACCACGGGCGUGGCACCGCCAAAUGUAUGCAUUGGCGGUGAAUCGUUAAUUGCGGCGCCGCAGCGUGCCUUUCCCGACGAGGGUGACAUUGUGGGCGUCGCCUUUGAUCAUGUCGAAUUGAAUUUCUAUUUCAAUGGCAAAAAUCUGGAGGUGCCAUUCCGAAAUGUGCGUGGAUCGGCACUGUUUCCCGUCAUCUAUGUGGGCAAUGGUGCCAUAUUGGACAUUAUUUUGGAUAACUUUACGCACGGACCACCGCCCGGUUUUGAGCGCAUUCUGCUGGAGCAGUCGCUUCUUUAGAUAGUCUGGUGAACAACAAUUUUAGCCGCGUGAGAACAAAAUUAAUAACCAAAAUGACAGCUAAAAAAGUGCAUUUCACAACUAUAAGAGCAGUUGAGCGGAAAAGAAUGGAACAAAAUGAGAAACAAAGCAAAGAAAAGUGCGCAGAAAGGCAGCUGGCAGGCAAGAGCUACGAUUGUUAGUGCAAAACAGUGUUCAAUUUAUUUCCAUUAAUAUUCCUGCACUGUGUUACAGUCCCGACAGAAUUUAACUCCAAUUUCUUAUCUAUAUACGCCAAUCUAUAUCUAACAGCAGCACCUAUGUAGCUUUAUCUAUUGGCCAGCACGUUCAUUUGGCAAUGGUUUCCAGUCAAUAAUACUGCUAGUGCAUAUCUAAGAUACUCGAAAACUUUAGCAGUUUUCUAGCUUCUAAUAAUGGAAAAAUGUUUCUAGACACCUUAAAUAAUUGUUGAUAACAAACUUUGCAGUUGAAAUGAUCCACAAAUGAUCAAUAAUUUAACUUAAGCUUUAAAUUAGCUUAAAAAAUCAGUUAAAAAUUAAGAGAAACUCUACGACUAAGAGUUAUAAUUGAUUAAAACUUAAUCCUAAAGCUCAAUCGUACUUAAAGUAAAGCUCUCCAGCAUAAACAUUUUUCUGCUGAUAUUCCUGGCGUAUAGUUUCCUUUAAAUUAGUAAAGAAAAUUCCGUUCUUCUGCCAUCUUAUAGUUAUGAAAAUCACUCGCCAUGCCCAACAGACUGCAAGUGUAUAAAAAUUAAAGAGUAAUCCUAUCUAGUCCCUCGAACAAAACAACAAAAAAAAAAAACAAAGAAAUAUCUAUUUAAAAAUGAUUGUAUUAUUAUGUUUACUUUGUGUUAUGUAAAUUAUUUAUGUAGCCUAAAGCCGCGGCAACGACUGCUUUGUAUUAUACACACGAUACACACGACAAAAUGUAUAACGAUAUAUAUGUAUAUCCAUUCCACUACUGGGAGCCCAAAGUUUCAACCUUAAAGACACAUUCCAAUGGUCCAAUUCGAUGGGUCCUGUCCUCUCUUACUUAAUCGAGCACGGCAAUACCUAAUUAACUUUAAGAAUUAUAUCUAAAUCU